AUGCCUCAAAACGAAUACAUCGAGCGCUGGCAGAAGCAGCAUGGCAAGCGGCUGGACCACGAUGAGCGGGUGCGGAAGAGGGAGGCACGAGAAGGGCACGCGCAGUCGGAAAAGGCCCAAAACCUGCGCGGGCUGCGGGCGAAACUGCACCAGAAGAAGAGGCACGCGGAGAAGAUUCAGAUGAAGAAGGCCAUCAAAGCGCAGGAAGAACGCGACGUCAAAUCAGCCGCUCCCAAUGAACCGUCCUCGACUCCGCUGCCCAACUACCUCCUCGACCGCUCCCAAGCCAACAAUGCCAAGGCGCUGUCGAGCGCGAUCAAGAACAAACGAGCCGAAAAGGCGGCCAAAUUCGCCGUUCCUCUCCCCAAAGUAAAGGGUAUCAGUGAGGAGGAGAUGUUCAAGGUGGUCAAGACGGGAAAAAAGACGGCAAAGAAGAGCUGGAAGAGAAUGAUCACGCAGCCGACCUUUGUGGGGCCUGACUUCACAAGACGGCCUGUCAAAUACGAGCGCUUUAUCCGGCCCAUGGGGCUGCGUUACAAGAAGGCCAACGUCACCCAUCCCGAGCUGGGUGUCACCGUGCAGUUGCCCAUCAUCAGCGUCAAGAAGAAUCCCCAGAAUCCUCUCUACACUCAAUUGGGUGUGCUGACAAAGGGCACUGUCAUCGAGGUUAAUGUGUCAGAGCUUGGGCUGGUCACAACUGGUGGGAAAGUGGUGUGGGGGAAAUAUGCCCAAGUGACCAACGAUCCUAGUCGCGAUGGAUGUUUAAAUGCGGUUCUCUUAGUUUGA